GAUGUACAGAAGAAAGAAUAAAAGUAAAAGCCAAAGAAUCUGAGGCCGAGAAAAUAGGGCACAGCUCCAAAUAAGGAAUUCAAAAUAGCAAAGGACAUUACUGAAAGACUCAAACAAGACGGCGAAAACAUUCCUGCAACUUACUGGUCUAAGGAUGUGGACAGUUAUGGGUGUGGUCUGUCUCUCUCAGUGCAUUAUGGGUCAGCUGCUGGAGGCCAGGUCCAAAGGAGCCCUGCCUCAAUUCAUUUGCAGCAUUCCAGGGUUGCCAGGGGCACCAGGAAAAACCGGCCCCCCUGGGCCUCCUGGGGAGGAUGGCCAUGUCGGAAUCCCAGGAAGAGAUGGGAGGGAUGGACGGAAGGGGGAAAAGGGAGAAAAGGGAGACCCAGGGCUCAGAGGUAGAGUCGGGCCGACAGGAAAACUCGGAGAGCGCGGGGAGAGAGGUUUCAUUGGGAAGCGUGGACCUGAGGGUGAUCCUGGAGAUUUGGGGUCUCCUGGUCCUCCAGGACGUCUUGGACAGAAGGGUGACAAGGGCCAACGUGGCCCUCCGGGAGAACCAGGUAUCUGCAGAUGUGGAAGUUUGGUUCCCAAAUCCGCUUUCUCUGUAGGCAUCACCAGUAGCUACCCCACUGAACAAACACCUAUCAAGUUCAACAAAGUCCUGUUUAAUGAAGGUGGCCACUACAACCCCGAGACUGGAAAAUUUAUCUGUGCAUACCCAGGAAUAUACUACUUUUCUUAUGACAUCACUCUGGCCAACAAGCACCUGGCCAUUGGGCUGGUCCAGAACGGACAGUACCGGAUAAAGACUUUUGAUGCCAACACCGGAAACCACGACGUGGCGUCUGGCUCAACCGUGAUGUUUCUCAACCCAGAGGAUGAGGUAUGGCUGGAGAUCUUCUACAGGGACCAGAACGGCUUGUUUGCUGACCCUGGCUGGGCUGACAGUCUGUUCUCUGGGUUUUUACUUUAUGCAGAUACAAACUAUAUGGAUACAUUGGCGGAAGACUACAAAUAGCAGCACACUAAUAUACGGUGCUACCUAUGGCCUGUCCAUCCCUGUCUUUGACCCUGGAUUGGGUUGUUCUGUUUUUUCAGCAUCUCACGCCAUGAACACUGCAUUUCCAGACACAGUUUUAAUUUAUAAAAAGCAGUUAUGUAAAAAAAAAAAAAAAAAAAUCAGUACAAAACUUGUCUCAAGAACCCUGCAUUCUGUUCCAUUCAGCUGUUUUUGCAUGGAAGAACAUCUGACUUGCUGGAUGUCACCAUGUAUAUUGUUGACACAAAAUAGUUUCUGCUGAAAAUGAUGUUGUUACCGAUCAUACAAAUAAGAAUGAGAUCCCUUUUUGAUACUCUUGUAUAUACUGAUUAUUGAUCUGUGUGAAAAAGUCAAUCACGCAAUUAUGAUCACUUAAUGUCACACUUUUUUAACCCAUCCUUAAUGCUAACGGUUUCAACUGAGCAUUUUAUAUAUAUAUAUAUAUAUAUAUAUAUAUAUAUAUAUAUAUAUAUAUAUAUAUAUAUAGGGUUGGGGAGUAACGAAAUACAUGUAACUUAGUUAUGUAUUUAAAAUACAAAUUUUGAGUAACUGUAUUUUAUUACAGUUACAUUUUAAAUGGGUGGUAAUCAAAUUACAGUUACAUCCGAAAAGUAUUUUAGAUUACCAAAGAUUACUUUGAAGUUUUAUGUCAUUUAUUUCAUUUAAACAUGAAUGUAAACUGUGAUGGGCAAUUAAUGUAAACAGCAAUUGGUGAUUCUCUGACAGUCUGCAAAAGCAUCCUAAGCUACAUUUCUACUCCUAAGUUUCAUACCCUUGCAGAAUAUGCAACAUUUUAAUAAUUUUAACAAAAUAAGAGAGAUCAUAAAAAUUGCAUGUUAUUAUAUAGUACUUUCCUGAAUAAGCUAUUUCACAUAACAGAUGUUCACAUAUAGUGCACAAGACAAAAUGACUGAAUUUAUAAAAAUUGCCUCAUUCAAAAAUUUACAUACCCUUGAAUCUUAAUUGUCCUGUCAUUACCUGGAUGAUCCACGACUGUUUUCAUGUUUUGCAAUAGUUGUUUGUGAGUCCAUGUAAUUGUAAAAAAAAAAAAAAAGGGUAAUUGCGACUUUUUAUCUCUAUGAGUUUAAAUCUCGCAAUUGCGUUUUAUAAAGGUAGAUUUGGGAGGCAUAAAAAAGAAAAAAAGUUUAUCACGCAAUCCUGACUUUAUAACUUGCAAUUGUGAGUUUAUAUCUCCCAAUUCUGAUUUAUUUUCUUGCAAUUUGGACUUUUUUUCAUAAAAUUGAGUUUAUAUCUCAGAAUUCUGACUUUAUAACUCACAACUGCAACUUUAUAUCACGCAAUUCUGAGAAAAAAGUCCGAAUUGUGAGAUAAAAACUCGCAGUUACCUUUUUUUGUGUUACAAACCUAUUAGUAUUCCAAAAUAUUCUAAAGUAUUUAGAUUAAGUUACAAAACUUGGGUAAUCUACAAAAUGUACAAAAGUAUUGUUUAAUUUGCUGACCAAUAAAUGCAUAAUGACAUUGUUUGGCAGCCAAUGCUACAUUAUUCUUUUUGCUGUUUGACUUCAUGUGUCACAAACUGCUCUGACACGGAGGUUGAGGAUCCAAAUGCAGUUUUAUUAGGGUAAUCCAGAAUCGUAUCCAAAAAACAGGCAAAUGGUCAAAACACAGGGUAGAUAAUCCGAAAAAAAAAAAAAAAAAAAAAAAAAACAGGGCAGAAAACAGACAAACAGGGAAACCAGGCAGAAGAUCAAAAACCAUAACAUAGGGAAACCAUAGAGAGAGUGCUCAGAAUUGCAGCGUGAUACUAAAAAAAAGACUUUGCAAAGAGGGAGUGAAGACACAGGGCUUAAAUAGGCUGAGCUUAGGAUAAUGAGACAGCUGAACCUAAUCACACAUAAUGAGGCAAUGGGUUAUGGGAAAUGCAGUUCAUGGAAAGCAAAGGAGUCUGGAGGAGUGCCCUUUGGUGGGUAUCAUGGGCACUCCAGCUGGUGGAUGUGACGUGUCAGAUGAAUCCAAAGAUUUAUUGUGGCGAUGAGUCACUUCUUGUAACUUGAGUUCAGUUUAAUUUGUCAUGGGAGAGUUUGUCUGCUAUCUGAGAAAACAGCUCAACCAUCUGGACUGUUCUGAGACCUUGACCUGAACAAAAGCUCUGUGGAUCUAAGGGUGUUAGAGUAAUAUAAUAUUUGUUUUGAAUAUGCUGGACAUUUCAAAAUAAUAUAUAUUUUUUAAAAAUCUGUUUAUAAGAAAAAAAUAUUCAAGCAUUUGUUUCCAGGUUGAUUUCAAAGAUUACAUUUGAAUAAAUGGGAUGUUUGGACCAAUA